GGCUCGGGACAGUGCCUAAGGCCACGUGGGCUUCUUGGCGCUGACCUUGGAGGGUGGGUCUGGAGCUGAUUAACAGCAGAAGGGAGUCAUGGCUGCAAGCUGGUGACGCAGGGGGACACACAGAGCGGAGGCCCCCUUGAGAGGGGCUCUUUGCUUCCUGCCUGGGAGCUUCCAUGCAGGUCCCUGACGGCUGUGGGAGGUCACCUGGGCGUCAGGGCCCCCGGAGCACCUUGGAGGAGAGCUGAUGCUGGUGUACACCCAGGAAGCUGGGGCCCCUGGGGCGAGCGUGCAGUCAGGUCUUCCUGCGGCUCCGUGGGGCCCUGAGCCCAAGAUGCACCAUCAUUCAAGGUCUUGAGGGCCACGGGGGGGGGGGGGUUUGCAGAGCACCACCAGGACGGGGUCGGACUGAGGACACAGGAAAGCUGAUAUUGAAGAGGGCCCACUGCUGGGCCUCUGAGCCUGGGCAGCAGCCUCUGACCCGUCCUGGUGCCCUGACUGACCGUCCACAAAGACAGAGAGUGAGUCUCGCCAGGCCUCCGGGGGCCUCAUCUGCUCAUCCAAGGAGCCCCGUGGAACCAGGGGGUGGCACCCGAGCCCAGCCUGCCUCGAGGAGGCCCCGGCCAGACCAUGGCAGGCAUCUGCGACAGGGCCCCUGAGUUCCUAUCCCCAACUGGAAACCAGGCCCUGGAGCCUGCCCUGGGCAGUGUCGUGGCUCUGAACUGCACGGCCUGGGUGGUCUCUGGGCCCCACUGUUCCCCGCCCUCAGUCCAGUGGCUGAAAGACAGGCUGCUGCUGGGCAACAGGAGCCAUUAUGACCUCCAUGAAGACUCCUGGGUCAAGGACAACUUUUCAGAGGUGCUUGUGUCCAGUAUUCUGGGGGUCAACCUGACCCGUGCUGAGGACUAUGGGGCCUUUACCUGCUCCAUCCGCAACGUCAGCUCCUCCCCCUUCACCCUUCGGAGAGCUGGCCCAGCAGGCCACGUGGCCGCGGUGCUGGCCUCACUCCUGGUCCUGCUGGUCUUGCUCCUGGCGGCCCUGCUCUACGUGAAGUGUCGACUCAGUGUGCUGCUCUGGUACCAGGACGCCUACGGGGAGGUGGAGAUGAACGACGGGAAGCUCUACGACGCCUACGUCUCCUACAGCGACAGCCCCGAGGACCGGAAAUUCGUGAACUUCAUCCUGAAGCCGCAGCUCGAGCGCCGGCGGGGCUACAAGCUCUUCCUGGACGACCGCGACCUCCUGCCGCGCGCGGAGCCCUCCGCCGACCUCCUGGUGAACCUGAGCCGCUGCCGGCGCCUCAUCGUGGUGCUGUCGGACGCCUUCCUCGGCCGGGCCUGGUGCAGCCACAGCUUCCGGGAGGGCCUGUGCCGGCUGCUGGAGCUCACACGCAGACCCAUCUUCAUCACCUUCGAGGGCCAGAGGCGCGACCCCGCGCACCCCGCGCUCCGCCUGCUGCGCCAGCACCGCCACCUGGUGACCCUGCUGCUCUGGAGGCCCGGCUCCGUGGCGCCGUCUUCAGACUUUUGGAAAGAGCUGCAGCUGGCGCUGCCGCGGAAGGUGCGGUACAGAGCCGCGGAGGGAGACCCCCAGACGCGGCUGCAGGACGACAAAGACCCCAUGCUCAUCGCACAAGGCCGCGUCCGGGAGCAGGACCCCGACCCCGAGGGAGACCUGGGUGUCCGGGGUCCCGUCUUUGGGGAGCCGUUAGCGCCACCACAUGCCAGUGGGGCCUCGCUGGGAGAGGGCCGGGGCAGCGAAGUGGACGUCUCAGACCUCGGCUCCCGCAACUACAGCGCCCGCACGGACUUCUACUGCCUGGUGUCCGAGGAUGACGUGUAGCCCCCGCCGGCCCAAACAGCAAGUGCUCCAAGGACCGCUGGGUGCGGGGUGGGCUGGGAUCUUUCUCCUCUUAGCAGGACUACCAGCCCUGAGACCCUCAGGCAAGGGAGCUGCCCCAGUGUGCCUCCUUGUGCCAGAAAAUAAAGUCCUUUUAGAUCCAG